AUGACUAGAGAUAACAUUCUUCUCAAACACACAACUCAACAAGCAGCUGAAUACUCCUACUUGGCUGCUUCUUCUCAUAAGACUAAUCAUAGACGAAAUUUUAUCAAAAAUGUUAAAUGGAAUCCUCCAAAUACCAGCUUUUACAAACUCAAUACAGAUGGAGCACAUUCAGCCACAACUGCUGGAAUUGUUGGAAUAAUUAGAAAUUUCAAAGUUGAAUGGAUAUUGGGCUUCUCAGGACCUGCACCAUGCGACUCAUCCAUCUCGGCAGAACUCUAUGCAUUAACCCAUGGCCUAAAAUUGGCAUAUGAAAACAACAUAAGUUCACUGGAGGUGGAUGCAAAGGAAGUUAUCAUGCUAUUACAAUCUGAUAAUGUUGCAUUCUCUAACAUGAUUAAUGAUUGCAGGUACUAUCUGGGCCAGCUAGGUAAUCCUGUAGUGCAACAUGCGUACAGAGAACAAAACAUGGUACAAGAUCAGCUAGCAAAGGCAAGCCACAAUUUUUGA